AUGGGCUUGGCUUCUGGAAUCCGUGAUCCGAUGCUGCAGAAACUUGCUAAGUGUGCCCGAGCCAAAGAUGAAGCCAAUGUGUGCCGCAACCUACACCGCCUGCUAACACACAAGGAGUUUACGCUGCAAGUUCAGAUCAGCUUUACCAACAUUGACAUCAAGCACGCCACUAAGCGCAGGGAUUUGAACAAGGGGGUGCUGUCCCAUCUUGGUGUGGAGAGACUUAACCAGAGUGGGCAUUCAUUCUGCUCCAGACUCCUUUACACGGUGCUGCCUGCUAGAUGCUACCGGGGGGACACUACGAUCUUCCAGCUCUUGGAGGAUUUAUCCCAGGACUGCUUGUCUCUUCUACGUGAUGGGAUCGAGGUUGUGAGUGGUGGUCAGACCAUCAAGUUCCACUGUGACAACAACAUCUACUACUUGGGACCCACUUCUACACAGCCGACGUCGGGGUCUAGUGGUUCUUCCUCAGCUGCGUCUACAGUGUUGUUGUCAGAGCAGAGCAACAAUGGGGAGAUAAGGGAGUUGGCGGAGCAGUUCCUCGCGAAGAUCAAGAGGCUCGCACCUUUGCAGGCGGUCACGGAUAACGCCGUGGUGGAUCUGGAGCUUUUGCUAAGCUCCCAAGGCCUUGGGGAGAGCCAUGGCAUGGCUCUGUUGGACAGCGGGGCAUCACAUGCCUAUCGGGCCCCCAAAACGCUUGAGGAGACCAAGGAGGCGAAGCAGGUCAAGGUGCAGCUCGCGGAUGGACGCCAUGUAUUCCUUCGGCAAACCAAGGGAGGCACAUUGCUGGCGGAGGACGACAGUGGUGGGACAAUCCUUCCUUUGGGAAGCCUGGUGAGCUCUUUGGGAUGCAAGCUGGACUGGAGCAAACGAAAGGGCCUCCGCAUAACGCACCCCGAGCACGGAUUGUUGCCAACAAAGCUGGUGGGCAACACCCCGGUCCUCCGCGAGGCCGAAGCGCUCCAGCUGAUAGCGGACCUGGAGCAGCUGGAGCUCGACAAGCUGGAGAAGAACAACACGGACGGGGUUCUCAAGAUGAUGUCAACCGAGGAUCCUCAACUUACAUGGCUGGAUCACCUGGAGGAGUUUGUGCAAAGGGGCGAACGGGCCAGCUUGAGGAGGAUGCUUCUGGACGAGGAGUCCCCUGUGGAUGCAGUGGCCGAAGCGGAGGUUGUGGGCCUGAUCGGUGUCGAUGAUCGCAUUUUGUUGUCCGAUGAGGCGGGUGCCCACUACUUGAAGUCCCUCCCCAUCAACAGGGCUAUGAGAAAGCGGUUACUGAAGACCAGAUGGGUGGUUCAUUUGUACAAUGGGGAUGAAAAGGGGGAAGAGUUUGCCAGAGCCGAGUCGGAGGAUGUGACGGUGAUCCGAAUGGACGUGCGAGACUCCAAAGCCUAUGACCUCAGGACAUAUGGACCAGCUGCGAGACUGCUUCUGUGGGCAGCGGCCAGGGGCCAGAUUGAGGGUAUCAUCGGGGCGCCCCCCAGAGGUGCCGAACAUGGCCCGGCGCUGUUCAAGAGAAUGUUGUUGGUUUGGCUGGUGGCGAACUCCGGUGCGGUUCUCAACUCCCUGUGCGCACCUUUCUUCUGUAUGGAAGCUCCCACUUGGCAUCCUCUGUGGACGAGCUCGGCAUGGAUCAAGUUCAAGGACGAGAUGCGGUUCCUCAAGUACCACUCAGUUGGAACACCAGGCAACAUGUACUUCAUGGCGUCCUCAUUGGGUUUGUCGGAUGGGAUGGACAUUGAGGAAGCAGCCAUCAUGAGCCUGAACUAUGAAACCCCAGCUCCUUCUUGGCCGGUACCUUUGAAACUUGGUAUUGCCCAGGCCAUACUCAACUGGCGCCGCAGCGAUCUACGAAGGCAUGAGGCGACCUUGUGCAAAAUUGUGGGCCCCCGGGAACUCAAUGCAAAGGACCUUGCUUAUUGGGAAACCCACGUGCGCAACAACCACGUCCCCUACGAUCGUCGUUGCCAGACCUGUGUCCGGGGAAGUGCAACAGGAAGGGCGCAUCGACGGUGUUUGACCCCGAGCGCCUACACGUUGUCCUUGGAUAUUUGCGGCCCUAUGAGGACUCGAGGGGAAUCCCAAGAAGGCAAGAAGUUCCGGUACCUGUUGGUUGGGGCUUAUUCACAUCCAAGGUUGGAUCUGCCCAAGGACCACAAGAUGCCUGCGGUUGAAGAGGAGUACGACAUCGAGCCGGAGCUGGACCCCUUUGAGGAGGAGGACAAGACCGAUGAGCCACCUGAGGAGGAGGAUGAAGAGCAGAAGGCCCUCAAUGAGAGGUUCAAACGGAUCUACAAGGACAUCGGUGACGACAUUGAGUGCCAGACGCUCAACUUUGCGGUCCCGAUGACAUCCCGCACAUCCAAGGAGGUGCGGGCGAAGAUCCAGCACAUCUAUCUUCAACUCCGCCAGCAUGGGCUACCUCUUGUGCGGAUACACUCCGACCGCGGCCUGGAGCUCAAGGCCAAGGAGACCCGAAGCUGGAUGGCAGACAGGGACAUCUUGGCGACCACUGGGGAGAGCCAGCAGCCGCAGCAAAACGGACGAGCUGAGGCUUUGGUCCGGGAGAUUAAGCGCAGAGUGAAGGUCCUACUCAGGACCUCGGGCCUCCCAGCCACGUGUUGGCCGGUGGCAGCUGAGUUUGCAGCAAGGCGACAAAGGGAUUUGGCCCUAGGGAACUAUGAGGACAAGGACCUCGCCUUUGGAGCCCCGACGCACGUGAAGUACAAGCGUUUCGGUGAGGGCGGGCGAUAUGACCUACUGGAGCGGUGGAAGGAGGGCUUGUUUGUGGGCUACUCCAAUGAUGUGAAGAGCGGCCGUGUGGUACGUCAUGGAGAUGGUUCCUACACGACUUCAGUCCACAUCAGACCUUACUUGGUGGAUUCGGACGAUCUGGUGCAGCUUGGACCUCAUGAGGUUGAACUUCCACUACCGGAACGGAGGACUAGGGGAAAAACCACUUUGGCUAAGGCCCUCGUGGACGCCAACAACGACAUCGACAACCUCGCGAAAUCGUUCCUCGACAACAACCAGUUCAAGCCCGAGCAUGUUGUUGAGUUGUGGAAACACCUCAAGGCCAAGGCCAGACCGACCUCAAGGACCACCCAAGGAGAAGGCCUUCAAUGGUUGAUUGGCCAGUACACCUACGGAAGCCAAUGUGGGAUUGUGAACGAUACGUACCUCCACCCCGCAGCAACCUCCUACUUGGUGCGAGCCUUCAAGGAGAUGACUGGGAGGGACGACUUCACAGCCUUGCUCCUCACCGAGAAUGUAGGCAUGAAGUGCCACCGUGAUGUUCACAACAAUGGGGCCCGAAGCAACUGGCUACUUCCUCUACAACAAUGCAAUGAAGGCGGAGGUGUAUGGAUUGAGUCUUCCCCCGAUACCUACAGCUACGAUGACGAGUGGCGGGAAUUGCCCAAGGGGGGAUGGAGAAGAGGCCGUGUUCAUGAGCUACAACCUGGCGUUCCUUUGGAGAUCAACCCCAAGCGCUACCACGCCACAGAACCCUGGACGGGAACGAGAUUGGUUAUCACGGCCUACACUCCAAGAACUACAAGCAUGAAACCCGACGCCUACGAGACCCUCUGCGAGUUUGGCUUCAAUCCACCUCCUCUACCACCUCGCGUACCUGAUCAACUACAACAGUCAGUGCUGAAGAUGUUGACUAUGACUGAGGCCAAGGAUGAACCUGAGGCGGUGAUGUUUCUGGUCAACGAGGUCGAGGAGGAGAAGCGCGAAAGGGCAAGGGAUGUCAGUAGGGAACUCCGGCAACUACAAGAUGAUGUGUUGAAUCGUCUCAAGGAGAGGCGUGAGUGGCUGCGUGAGUUCCUGGCUGAGGAGGAGAUCCUUGCUGAAGAGCUGAAUAUUGUGGGCGAGGCCAUCAACGAGGAGAUUGAGGGUGUCAACGGUGCAGUUCGCGACCUGAUUAAGGAUGUGGAGGAGCAGAUUCAGAAGACCGAGGACAAGUGCCACAACUUGUACCUGAAGGUGGCCAAUGUCAACGAUGACAAGGAGAUUGGGGACAUCGAGGAGUAUUUGUCCAAUCUCAAGAAGGACCUGGAUGUCAUGCUGGAUGUUCCGCUCGACCAAGUCAGGCGCAACCUGGACAAAUGGGUCGAUCCCUUGAGGAAGGAACUCGCGAACCUCGAGGAGAAGACGGAUGCGAUUGAGCGACGACCCAUAGCAGAAGCCAGGGCACUGGAGCGUGAGGGGAAACUCAUCCUGAUCCCGGGGAAGGUCGUGUGCACAGUCAAGCCACCACCCCCACCAGAUACAACGGCCCCCAAGGAGCAGCAGCCACGCUGGAAGCGCAAGGCCAGGGUGGUGAUAUGUGGCAACUAUGCUGGACAAUGGCACGAUCCUAACGACCUCUUUGCGGCCGGAGCAAGUGCCGAAGGACUGCGGCUAGCUCUCGCCCUUGCAGCGCUAUGGCCAACGAAUCGGCCAACCUACGGAGUGCUGCCCCCAAAGGUUCUCCUGCAAGCGGGUUUGGUGGAACCGGAGGUGGUAUUCAUCGUGAAGCGAGCGCUCUACGGAUUGCGGGAAAGUCCCGCACUAUGGGCAGCUCACAGGACCGAAGUCCUCAAGGAGCUGGUGGUGGAAAACGGAGAUGGGCGGAUCUUCCUGAAGCAAAUGAUGACGGACAGUGAGCUGUGGAUGAUCCUGGAGGAGCCUAAGGCGGGUGGCCAACCAACCCUGAAGGGCAUCCUUGUGACUUAUGUGGAUGAUAUCCUCUACCUGGCCGACAACCCGGUGAUCAACCUCCUGCAUGGAAGGAUUGGGGCAAUCUGGCCCUGUUCUCCCUUGGAGUAUGCGACGGAUGGCCUGAGGUAUUUGGGAAUGGAGCUCAAGCAAGAGGAAGGGUUCUUUACCCUCUCCCAAGAGGCUUACAUUGCCAACUUGGUUCGUCUGCAUGGUUUGGAUGUCGAUGUCAGCGCGGGACUUCCUUGUCCCAAGGAGUGGAUUCAGGAGGACGAUGCGGAGGCAGAGGAGGAGAACUACAGUUCGUCGGAGCUGAUGAUGGCCCAGAAGGUGACUGGAGAGUGCCUUUGGAUGGCCUAUCGUACCCGUCCUGAUAUCCUCUACGCUACGAACUAUAUGGCCGCAAUGACCACCAAACGACCGGUCAAGGUGUACCAGAUCGGCCUUAAGGUGAUGUCCUACCUGAAUGCCACUGCGGGCUUGAAGUUGAAGGCGGAAUUACUCGAGGGAUCCAACUGCGCUCUGUUGGUACAGUCGACGGAAGCUAUGUUGAGAGAAAUUCUACCUGCUACCAGCACCCCCACGUUGUACAUUGACAACCAGGCUGCGAGCAACUUACUCAAUGGUUCCUCUGGGAGCUGGAGGACAAGACACCUACGGAUCCGCCAUGCCUACGUGAUGGAUCGCGUCAAGAGUGGAGAGCUCUACGUCCAGCACCUGGCUGGAGAAGACCAACCUGCAGAUCUACCGACGAAACUGCAUUCCAAGGCGAGGCUGCUACACCUACUCGGGACCUGGGGGAUGAUAGGCCUGGCCGGGUUGAACGAGAAGAAGGGGUUGCAGUGCUUGAAGUUGGGAUGUGUGUUCCUGCUAUUGUUGGCGGUUCAGUCUUUGGCGGUGUCGGCUGCCAAAGAGCCUCUUCCAACGGUUGGAACCAUGGAGCUAUUCGUGCUGCUGAUUCUCACGUGUAUUUCUGCAGUGGCUCUGUGGGAAGCAGGAAAGGCUUUGGGCACUUGGGCCUAUCUGAGGCUCUUUGGGUCGAAGCGCGAAAGAAAAAUCCGCAAGCUGAAGGAGCUCGCAAGGAUCGCAGCCGAGGCUGAGAUCGAGAGGCACGAAGGCUUGGAACCCAGCUCGGAGACGAGCCGCCACCAAGACCCAGCUUUUGUGGGUCAAUUUGGCAACGAGACCAGCCGUCUCCGAAUGGCUAGCUCGCUG